CGACCCUUCUUUGUUGACUAUUCCGCAUCACUCUUUCCUUGAACUUGAGUGUACAGGAAUGACAGGGUGACUUAAAAAUGCGAUGGCCGUUGACUCAACCGGAAGAAAGAAAAUCUUUAGCCUUUUCAGUUUUCUCUCGGCCUAUUCUCAUCAGAAACAGAAAUCGAUAAUCAUGCAUGUACAGAAAAAAUUUUUUUGAUGGGGAUUUGCUGGAGUUGCAUUGCUGGUAAGUCCAAUCUAGCCCCAGCUUCUAUCCCUCCGGCUACACCUCCAGUUGCAGACUCAAUCCCAGACCCAGACCCGCUCCCCAGCAGCAUCGGCCAUCUCAUUGAUGGGGAUGCAUCUUUUGUGGGUAGCAAUGUCUCACGCACAAGCUGGUUCUCUAUGGUAACCACCAAUCUUACAGCACGGUUAUCUCAAGUGAGUGGCGCGAUUGCAGCUAUCUUGGGGUACAAUGCCAUUGAUGACGAUGAAUUCCCAGCUGCAAUUGAAGACGAGAAUCUUCCUGAUGUAGUAACUGAAUCAGAUUCAAAGUUGAGAGCUUUCACCUUUGCACAACUGAAAGCUGCAACCUUUAAUUUUAGAAGUGACAUGGUGCUGGGAAGAGGAGGUUUUGGCAGUGUCUACAAGGGCUGGAUCAUCGAGAAAAAUUAUCGAGGUACCAGGAAACGAACCAUUGCUGUUAAGAGAUUGGACACAAGCAGCAAGCAAGGAUUUCGACAAUGGCGAACAGAGGUUGGUUUCUUAGGGAGGCUUUCUCAUCCUAACAUUGUAAAGCUGAUGGGAUACUGCAAGGAAAAUGAAAAUUUCCUCAUUGUAUAUGAACUCAUGGAAAGAGGCAGCUUGAAUUAUUAUUUGUUUGGAAGUAGCCCAAAUCGGCUGCUUUCAUGGGAAACAAGGGUUAAGGUUAUGAUAGGAAUGGCUCAAGGUCUGGCUUACUUGCAUAUGAUGGAGAAACCAAUACUUUACAGAGAUUUCAAGUCCUCAAAUAUAUUGCUUGAUCGGUCUUAUAAUGCAAAAAUAUCAGAUUUUGGCUUGGCAAAGUGGGGACCUACAGCUGGUAAUUCAUGUGUAACAGGACAUGUUAUGGGCACAUAUGGUUAUGUUGCUCCUGAAUAUAUUGCCACUGGAAACUUGUAUAUAAAGAGCGAUGUGUAUAGUUUUGGCGUUGUUUUGAUCGAGAUGCUAACCGGCUUGCGGGCAAUCGAUAGAAAACGUCCAUCUGGGCAACAAGACCUGGUGCAGUGGGUUAAACCACUUCUCAACAACAAAAGAAGGUUGAGAAGCAUAAUGGACAGCAGAUUGGAGGGAAAAUACUCUGCCAAAGACGCUGCAGAAAUUGCUCUGCUUGCUGUUAAAUGUCUUAAUUAUGAUCCCAUAUUCCGACCAUCAAUGAAAGAAGUUUCAGAGACACUGCAACCUAUGGGAGGGCGAUAUGGAAUUGAAUUAUAAAAUUCAUUUAUAUUCAGCAUAUGUGAAAAAGUUUUGAUUGUUGUCUGUUGAUGAAAAACAUUAAAUAUAUUAAAAUUUCUAUUUGUUUGUAUUCAUCCAUUUGGAUUUAAAAAUGCAAAGGUAAUAAUGAUUUUCAUUUCAA